UUUUACAUCCAAACACAAAACAACCAAAACAGUGACCGCUUUAGAAGAUUCUACCCAAAAAAAUAAUUAUCAAUCAAGAAAAGCAUAAAUCACGCCCCUUUCCCUUUUCCACUCUAUUUAUUUAUACGCCACAUUUUUAUACAAGCCGGCACACUGCAGACCCUCUCUCUCUCUCUCUCUCUUUCUCUCUCGGGGUUCUUCUUCAUUUACUAUUUGGAUAUGGCAUCUGGAGCGGAAACUGAAAUCGCUGUUCCAAGUGAAUCCGUGCUUGAAUGGGUUCAGAAAGACAAGCGAAGAUUCUUGCAUGCUGUGUACCGUGUUGGUGACUUGGAGCGGACCAUAAAAUUUUAUACUGAGUGUUUUGGUAUGACCCUACUGAGGAAAAGGGAUGUUCCAGAAGAGAAAUACUCAAAUGCGUUCCUUGGCUUUGGACCUGAAGAUUCUCACUUUGUGGUAGAGUUGACAUACAAUUAUGGAGUGGAUAAAUAUGAUAUUGGCACAGGCUUUGGUCACUUUGCGAUUGCAACUCAGGAUGUAUAUAAACUGGUUGAGGACAUCAGGGCCAGAGGUGGCACCAUCACUCGUGAACCUGGUCCUGUUAAGGGAGGGAAAUCUGUAAUUGCCUUUGUGAAAGACCCUGAUGGUUACAUAUUUGAGCUUAUUCAGAGAGAACCUACCCCUGAACCUCUCUGCCAAGUUAUGCUUCGUGUUGGUGAUCUUGAUCGCUCUAUCAAGUUUUAUGAAAAGGCAUGUGGGAUGAAAUUAUUGAGAAAGAUCGAUAAUCCUGAUUACAAGUACACUCUUGCCAUGAUGGGUUAUGACGAUGAAUACAAAUCAACUGUGGUCGAAUUGACAUACAACUAUGGAGUCACAGAAUACACCAAGGGCAAUGCAUAUGCUCAGCUUGCUAUCAGUACUGAAGAUGUUUACAAAAGUGCUGAGGUUGUUGAUCUGGUCACCAAAGAGCUUGGAGGAAAGAUCACACGCCAGCCAGGACCUAUUCCAGGAAUCAAUACCAAGAUUACCUCAUUUCUCGAUCCUGAUGGCUGGAAAAUCGUGUUGGUGGACCACGCAGACUUCCUCAAGGAGUUGGAGAGCUAAAUGGAGAACUGCUUUAUCUCUAUGCAUGCGUUGUGGCCAAAUACUACUCAUCCUAGUAUAGAUGAUGAGAAUAUUAUGGACAUAUCGACAUAUGUUAAGUAUGAUAAUGGCAUGUGGCUAAUGCGGACUUGGAUGGUCUCUCUUAUACUCUCUACUUCCAUUCCGUGCUGUAUCUUUGGUUUCACUCUUUAUUGUUGUGGUGUUAGUUUCAACAACCUUGAAUUGUUCGGCAGAACUUUGGUUAGGAUAUUAUCAGAAUUUUAUAAAAUGUUUUCUGUAUGAAA